AUGCGCCACAGCCUCACCCAGCUGCUGGCCGCCUCCUCCGGCGGAGCGAGCCCCUCGGGCGCCGUCUGGCCGCUCGCCGGCGCGGGGCAGGCCCCGAGAGGGCGGGAUGGCGGCGGGGAAGGGGAUCCGGGGCCGGCGCGGCCCAAACAGCAGCAGCCGCCGCGGCGGGAGGCGGGCGCCUUGGAGCCGCGGCGGCAGGAGAAGGAAGCGGAGGCGCCCGGCGGUCCGCUGGAGGUGUGGGAGCAAGAGGACUGGUUCCCGGGGCUGGAGCUGGGAGAUCUGCUGGAGGCGGCCCGGCCGGACUGGGACGCGGACGCCGAGCUGAGCGGCUGCUUCUGUGGGGAACCGGAGCCGCUGCCCCCGCCGGGCCAGGGCCAGGGCCAGGGCCAGGGCCAGAGGCCGGCGGCGGCCGGGCGGCGGAGCGGCGGGGCUGGGAGCCGGCUGAAGGCGGCGGCGGCGGCGCGGCUGAACCGGCUGAAGAAGAAGCAGUACGUGCUGGGGCUGGAGAGCCGCCUGCAGGGCCUGGCUGCCGAGAACCGGCAGCUGCGGGACCGCAACCGCGGCCUGAGCCGCCGCCUGCGAGAGCUGGAGCGGGAGAGCAGCUACCUGCGGGCCGUGCUGGCUAACCAGAGCGCUCUGGGGCAGCUCCUCAGCCGCUUAGCCGGGAUCCGCGCCGGCGGGCUGCAGCUCAGCAGCAGCCUCUUCAGGGACACGGGCAGCCCCCGCCGGCAUCGCCAGCACCAUCUCCAUCCCGCCGGCGAGAGCAGCGACCACGACUACGCCCUGCCCAGCUCCCGGCCUGCCAGCCUGGAGGAGGCGGCGGCGGUGAGGGAGACGGAGGAGGAGUGGGCGGCCCCCGGCGGGAUCUGCCUCCACGUGGACCGGGAUCAGGUGUCGGUGGAGUUCUGCUCCAUCUGUGCUCGGCGAGCAGCGGCCUCCUUCAAAAUGUAGGGUCAAGUACCUGCUGCAAGUACUCGUGGGGUUCUGGCCCCUAAGGGGCCUCGCGGCGUGGCGGAGGAAGCAGGCGAUGUUUCUCUUUUAGGUGCUUGCCCUGCCAGGCUCCGUUGUGUAGGGGUUAAAGAACAGUCGUUUUCCACCUCGCAACCUGGUAAGGAUCAAUAUAUUCCCAUAAUGCGGUAUCAGACAGCUUGCUUUGCUUAUGCCAGUCUUGGAACGACUGGUUCAGGAAAUGAUUUCUCUGGUCCUUGGCCUACUCUGCCAAAACGUUUCUAGCUCUGGAUGAUAACGAAUAGGAAAAAUUAGAAUCACACUGGAACAGGUUGCCCAGAGAAGCUGUGGCUGCCCCAUCCCUGGAGGGGUUCAAGGCCAGGUUGGACGGGCUUGGAGCAGCCUGGGCUGGUGGGAGGUGUCCCUGCCCAGGGCAGGGGGUGGAACCAGAUGAUCUUUAAGGUUCCUUCCAACCCAGACCAUUCUGUGAUUCGACGUUACCUUCGUUAUGAUCCAGCUCCUCAAAGGACAGCAAUGGAAAACAUGUGAAAUACAUGGGGUCUAGGGAAGUCAAAAACUCCCCACGUAUAAAAUACGCUGAUGCUGUUGGUAACAUUGCAAAGCUGUCUGUGCUACUGAAUGACUGUUGUCAAUACCGAGCAGGUCCGAAACCUGAUCAGAAUCAAGAGAGGAAAGAAAAUGCAGCAGGAAGUGAGUAAUAGGAUUCCUCCAGCAGACAACGGAGAGACUUCUCCACUGAUAUUUAAACUAAUGUGCUAAGAAUCCCUUUUUAUUUAACAACUAACAAGUUAUACAUCUGAACUAGAUACUUGCUCAAUGGCGAAACUGCAUCUAACUGCGUACUGGCAAGGACUGAUACCUUGAGCAUUAUUUGAGCUUCGGCAGCAAAAGCUUUGCAAAAGCUUAACUCAGUGCCUUGCAAACAAUCCCGUCGUGUGUGCAGCCUUUCAGUUCAUGCAAUAGAUACGUGCCCCUCUGGCUGGCUCUUUGUUGCCAAAUCAUUCUCUUCGUACAAUAUUCGGUAUCGGGGCACUUCACAAUGUGUAUCCAGUCCGAAGAUACAGAGCUUUAGUGCAUUAUUAGAUAGAGGUGGGGUUAGAGCAUGGAAGAUUCGGAGAAUCGUGGCCUUACUGCAAAGCGGAUUUUUGCAGGGCUGGCUUGUGCGAUUAAACUUGGUACGGUGAAAGAGCGUAGAAGUGAACUUCAGUGGAAGUAUAUAAAAGUUGAAGAGAUGAGCUGCAAUAAAGUGCAUCAUUAAUGAGAUCUGCAUCUUAUAAUUAACUAGGAAUACUUGAAACUGCCUUGUUCGGGUCUACAAAUUGCUUGAUUUACAGGCAUGUUCCUACUGCAAUGAUUUAGACUGGCUAAAUAAAAGAACCGAAUUUGGCUUGUACACUAACUCCGUACCGGGAACCUUAUGAUGAGACUCGUGUCGGCGACGGUAUGGUUAGUGCAUGAGUCCACUUAUCCUUGUUCUAGGAAUACAAUCGAGACGGUAAAGUGAAAGUGUUUUCUUCAUCACAUUUGAUGAGAACGUGCUUGCAGCACCCAGGCUUAUGCAUCAUGUCAGGCAACGUAAACACUUCUGCUCCUGCCAGACAAAGUCCUUUGGCCAGUGUUAUAGGAGAUGGCGGAGUAGAUUAUCCUUCCUAAGGGUAGCUUCUCCGAGUCCUGUGGGUGGGGGAAUCUUGCAUCCAAGUUGUAAAGCGGUUGUGCAUGUGCAUGUAUUUCAUCUGAAGUUUGUUUCUAACCGUUGUCCUGAAUGGAAUGUUGAUGUACAGAUUUAUUUUUGAAACAUUACAUUGCUGCUCUUCAGUUUCUGCAGUGCCUUCACAGCCCGGUAGGCCGUUUUCCAAUCCUGAAAAACUCAAAGGACUGAGCAAGUCAGUACCAUCAUUCCUACAGGAAGA